GUUUCCUGUGACCCUUCUUGAACCAUUAUGGUGGCUCCCAUGCGUGCUUUAUAAUUUUGUAAAAAUUUGUAAAAAGUUAGGUUUCGGGAGCUUUAAUGUCCGGCACAGCAAAUAAACAGAGCGUCGGUAAAGCGGGAGACAGCUGGCAGUUCAGUAAAACUAUGGAGGAGCUGGUCCAUGAUCUAGUCUCGGCACUGGAAGAAAGCUCUGAACAGGCCCGUGGAGGCAAUGUGGAUAUUGAAGACCAUUCCGUCACGGUGGGGUGUCUCCUCAAACGGCAGGCCAGGAAGCGGAGGGGAAGAAAGAGAAGGUCUGACAACGCUCACCAUCCCUGGGAGCCCUGCCACUACCUGAGCGAGGGCUCUGAGUCCAGCUUGGAAGAGCAAAACAAGGACUACAGAGACAACCACAACAGCAAUUACAAAGACAACAGCGACUCGGAUGAGCAGCUGCUGGUUGCCAAGCGGCGGCCCUCCUCAGCCAUGACCACUGUCAGAGGCAAGAGACCCCUGUGGCACGAGGACUUGGCUGCCGAAAACAGCAGAACUCUUCGCAGGAGGAGGAAGGUGAAAUGCAUGGCAAUUGAUGUGCCAGCAGAGGUCACUAGUGCACUGACACUGACCCAGCAACAGGGCAGCAGCAGAGACCAAAUAAUGGACUCUGAAAGCAAGCCACAGCAGGAGAUCACCAAGAGCAAAGUCAAAAAGAGAAAGCUGGCUUCAACAAGGCAGGGGGCAGAGAUCCUAGACGAGGGAGUAGUGGUGGAAACUGAGGAAUUGAGUCAAACAAAUAAAGGCAAAAUGGAGUACGAGGAACACAAGGAUAUGGAUGAGAAUAUGAGUGACAGUGAAACUAGCAGCAUCAGCAACAGUAGUGAUGAUGGUGGCUUGUAUACCAAUGAUGAAGGAAGACAAGGUGACGAUGAGCAGAGUGACUGGUUCUUCGAGGGCGAGUCUGGAGGGGCCUGCGGCAUCGCUGGGGUCAUCCCCUGGUGGGAAAAAGAGGACUCCUCAGAGAUGGAGAAAGAGCUGUCUGAUCCAGUCUUCAAGAGCAUCCUAACUGGCUCCUUCCCCCUUAUGUCAGAGUCAGCCCAAAGAGGGUAA